GAAGAUGAUAAAGCAAAUGACAAGAUGAUGAAUGUAGCGUACAAAAGAAGUUUGACAGCGUAGUAGUUAUGAGUGAUAAGACAUGCAACACAGUUGUAUUAAAGACAAUGUAAUCCUGAAAGGAUUUGAUUCAUUUUUAUUGCACAAAUCAAAGACAGACAAGCUAGGAAGCAACAAUAUCUCACUUGCGGCAAAUCCUGGCAGUGGGCAUGGUGACACAAAUGGGAGCGUACUUCUUCUUGGCUUCCGGCGUGCCCCGCUUCGGCUCCUCCGCCUCCGCAACCUUAGUCAGCGACCAUGCCGCCGCCAUGGCAGCCGCCCCCAAAACCAAAUCCCUUCUCCCGCUGCUCUCUUGCGCGGUGGCCUUGACGGUAAAAACCCCUCGGCGGAGAGGGGAGGGUGACGCGGCUCCGAAAUAUGCAGGAGACGUCGCCAUUGAUAGAUGGAAUGGAUAUAUAAAAGUAUUUGGAAAUCAAAUAAAUACGUACGUACCUAGUACUCCGCCAGAUCGAGUGAUGAAUCGAUUUUCAUUGAAAUGAUCUUUUUAUUAUUCUCUUACCUUAUCUGCAAGUAAUACGUCCGCCAAUAAAGUAUUGCCAACUGUCUCGCCCUAUCUUGUGUGAGCUACGUAGAA